AUGAGGCAAAUACACAGCAUUCAGCAGGGGCCUUGGCUAGCUAUGGGAGACUAUAAUGGUGUAUUACAUCCUCAAGAUAAACAGUAUGGUUCAGAGGUACAAGAAAUGGAAACAAAAGACUUUAAGGAGUAUAUGAGGGACACAGGGAUGAAUGAAUUGCAAUAUGUGGGAAGGAGCUAUACAUGGACUAACAACCAUACAUAUAGCAGAAUUGACAGGGGACUUGUAAAUAUAACUUGGAUGAUGACAAUGCCAAAUGUGAAAGUGCAGUUGCUUGAACCAAUGGUGUCUGACCAUUCACCACUGAAGCUAGUGAUCAGUCAGGCACAAGGAAAGAAGAGCAUGCCAUUCAAGUUUUUCAACUGCAUUGCUGAUCAUCUUCAAUUCAUGCAGCACAUUGAAGUAGCUUGGAAGGAUAGGAGCACAAAUGGAAUUAUGCAGGCAGUAUGGAACAAUCUUAAAGGUAUAAAGGAGAUAAUCAAAAAUAUAAACACACAACAAUACAAAGGGGUUGAUGAAAGGAUAAAAGAGAUUAGGAGGGAAUUGCAGGGAGUACAAGAGGAAAUGAGCUCUAAACUACAGAAUAUAGAGCUGGUUGAGAAAGAGAAAGAAUUGAAGUGUGAGUUAGAAAAAUGGGGAAAGAUAGAAGAAAGCAUAUAUAAACAAAGGUCUAGAGUCCAAUGGUUGAAACAGGGGGAUUCUAACUCAGCCUAUUUUUUUUUGCACAAAUGA